AUGGUGAUUAAACAAACACCUAACCGUGAAAAUUUGAUCUACCACAUAAUGGAAAAGAAGUCCAAUGGUUUUGAUGCAAUAGUUUCCCUUAUCAAACAAAAAUUUUCAGACCAAUGUGGUAUUGUUUACUGCAAUCAGCGAAAAGACACAGCUGAUGUUGUGUACCAUUUAAGAAGAGCUGGUAUAAAUGCUGUGUUUUUCCAUGCUGGUAUGGAUAUACAUUCAAAACAGGCAAGUGUUGACAGUUGGAAAUCUGGAGAGGCCCAUGUCAUUUGUGCAACAAUGGCAUUUGGCAUGGGAAUUGAUAAAUCAAAUGUUAGAUUUGUUAUUCAUCAUAGCAUGCCAAAGGACUUAGAGAGUUAUGUGCAGGAGUCUGGCAGAGCUGGAAGAGAUGGAAAUUCUGCACAUUGUUACAUUGCAUAA